AAAUGAGAAGUGCGGAAAGUCGUGUGCGUGUGGAUGAGUCAUAGGCGGAGGGUCUCCUCUUGGCUCUAUAAAGCGCGCCCGGCGAAGGUUGCGGCUCAGCGCUCCAGCCGUCAGUCCUUCGCGCUCGACGGCGCGUCUCUGCCGGACUCGGAGCCGACGGAAGGGCGGGACGAGGCGGCGGCCGAGCGGCCAAAGGCAGGCGAGGAGGGCGCGCGUUCGCCAUGAGACCCCGCGGGCUGCUGCUGCCCGUCGUGCUGCUGCUGCUGGCGACCGAGCUGACCUUCCGGAGCUCCCCGGCGGCCGGAGCCUCGGCAUCGCCCCAAGACGGCGAGUACGCCGUGAGGCUGUGCGGAAGAGAGUUCAUCCGCGCCGUCAUCUUCACCUGCGGAGGGUCGCGCUGGAGGAGGGUCGCCGAGCGGACCACGGAGCAGGCACCACUCGACGCCGCCAGGGCGCGCGCUGAGUUUCUUCAAACUAGCACUGACAAAGGACUGGAUAAUAUUAACUUGCAGUCUGUCUUGGAUCCUGAACUGGAGCAACUGCGAAGCAUCAGUCAACAAGUUGGAAAGCCGUCGCUGAAAGACUUUUUAAAUUUAUAUGAUUAUUUUAAUGAGUAUGUUCCCACUUCCAGUGAAUACAAUGAAUACAUCCGUCAAUUAGGAGACGCAGCCCACGAAAGCAGAAGAGAAACUGGUUUCGCGAAUCCCAUCAGCUCAUAUAACUUCCCUGUGGUCAAACAGCCUAGAAUAAAGCGUGAAACCCCUAUGGGGAUGGCCAGACUGUGUUGUAAUUGGGGGUGUACCAAAACUGAGAUUAGUAGAUUGUGUUAAGAAUACCUUUAUAUUUGCACAUCCAAUUUUUCAGGAACACCAAAAACUCACGUGUUGUUUGCAGUGCUUUUUAAUUGAAUACUGCUUGUACGAAAAAGAAGAUUGCUGAUUUGUAAUCUAUUUUGUCUCGAAAUUAUUGGUGGUGUCCUGGUUUCCUAUAAAAAACAACAUGAAUCGCCAUUAUAAUUAUGUUUUGCACUAAAUGUAUUUCCAUCUUGUUAUGUGUUCGUUUUCCUACUCCAAUUCUUCUAAAAUCAUGCUGAUUUCUGUGCCACAUUUGCCACACAGAAGAGAGAAACCUAACUUUUAAUUAAAGUGUUAUAUAGUCUA